UAAAUGUCACUGCCUCCUUUCUUCAUUCUUUCACCAAAAGUCCAAAAACGAAAAAGUAUUUUCAAAAAUCCUGUGAGACAUAAAUUUUUUAAAAAUUGUGAUUUGUGUGACACCUUGAAUGGAUGUGGAAACAAGUAUGAGCAGCAGCAAUGAAGCGGCGGCGGCGGUCCAUAGAGUGCUUCUCGUCUCUGCCGGAGCUACUCACUCCGUGGCGCUUCUCUCUGGAAAUAUUGUCUGUUCAUGGGGAAGGGGAGAGGAUGGGCAGCUUGGCCAUGGAGAUGCUGAAGAUAGAUAUACACCCACUCGUGUGACUGCAUUGGAUGGCAAGGAUAUAAUAUCUGUUAUUUGCGGUGCUGAUCACACGGCUGCCUACUCAGAAUCACUCAUGCAAGCCUAUAGUUGGGGAUGGGGUGAUUUUGGGAGAUUGGGUCAUGGAAACUCUAGUGACUUGUUUACUCCUCAGCCAAUCAAAGCAUUACAAGGCUUAAAGAUAAAGCAAAUUGCUUGUGGAGACAGCCAUUGUUUAGCUGUUACCAUUGAAGGAGUGGUGCAAAGUUGGGGACGAAAUCAAAAUGGUCAACUUGGCCUUGGCAACACAGAGGACUAUCUGCUUCCCCAGAAAAUUGAAGCUUUCCAGGGAAUCCCUGUAAAAAUGGUUGCUGCUGGUGCUGAACAUACAGCUGCUGUAACAGAGGAUGGUGAGCUUUACGGUUGGGGCUGGGGUCGUUAUGGUAACCUUGGCUUAGGCAACCGGAAUGAUUGCUUAGUUCCUCAGAAAGUUUCAGCUGUAGAGGGAGUAAAGAUGAUCAUGGUAGCGUGCGGAUGGCGCCAUACAAUAUCUGUUUCAUCCUCUGGGGCUCUAUAUACUUAUGGGUGGAGCAAAUAUGGGCAACUAGGACAUGGGGAUUUUGAAGACCGCCUUGUCCCACAUAAACUUGAAACCUUGUGUGGUGAUUUUAUUUCUCAGGUAUCAGGUGGUUGGAGACACACCAUGGCACUUACAGCUGAUGGAAAACUUUAUGGUUGGGGAUGGAAUAAGUUUGGACAAGUUGGUGUUGGUGAUAAAAUUGAUCAUUGUUCGCCAAAACAAGUGGACUUCCCAAACAAUGAGAAAGUAGCUCAAGUCUCGUGUGGUUGGAGGCAUACAGUUGCUUUUACUGAAAGGCAAAAUGUCUAUUCAUGGGGGAGAGGAAUAAAUGGACAAUUAGGCCAUGGCAAAUCUGCUGACAGGAAUGCCCCAACAAUCAUACAAUCUUUGAGUGCGGAUGGAUCAAGUGGACAACUGAUUGAAGCUUCAAAUUUCGAUCCAUCAUCAGGUGAAAAAUAUUGGGUAUCUUCAACCGGGAUAUAUGCAGUUGUUCCAGGCGAGAAUGCUGAAGGAGAGAUCGAGCGGUACGAUUUACACGUCCCUGAAACUGACGUAAAAAGAAUGCGGAUAUGAUACUGCAUUCUGGCCUGCUAUUAUCUGAUUGCCCUAUUUCUAGAGGAAGGGUAUAACUUAUAUCAUCGAGUUAUACCCAAACUCCACGAACAUGAAACUAUAUAUAUAUAUAUAUCUGCACGUACGUACUGUGCAAAUUAACAGUGCUCCUCUUCAGGCUUGGAGGAGGGUGCAUGUUUUUAGGCUUCCAUGACAGACCUUCAUUGUAAAUUCUUGUGUACGUUGGUAUUUGGGAUUGCAAAGUGAUAAGCUAAGGCCGGGUAGGACUACUGUGUUGCCGGUGAGGUUGUAAAGUUAGUGUAGUUAUGAGUUUAAUUUGAAUACUAUAUGAAUAUCAUGUAUAAGGAUUUAUGCGUGUUUGUUAUAUAAACUUUGUAUCAAAUAUUUUAUGAGUGAUUUUAUUUUGCAUGUGUAAUAUUUUAUCAAUAAUAGUAAGUAUGAUAUUAGGUUAUUA